AUGGAUAAGGAAUUAAGAAAUGCGUUAAGGUCUGAAAUAUUAGGAAUUAUAGACAGACUACCAGAAAGUCAAAAAUUAGACAUGAAUAAAACGUUGAAAGCCAACGAAAAUUGUGAAUGGCAUAAUCAAAUAUAUAUCUACAAAUGCCACCAUCAUCAACGGGAAGAAUUUCUAAAUCAAAAAAGAAGCGUCGAGUGGACUGAUAAUGAUAAAAAGAGAAAGCACGCUAAUUCACGAUAUAUAGAGAAACGAGAAAGACAGGCUAGAACAAUUAGCAAAUUAAUAAGACUGGAUGAUCAGUUGUUGGAAAAAUUUUAUAAUGACGAAAUUCAACCAGUCUUCACCGAUAAUCAAUACUAUAGUCCAAAGGUAUCAGAAACUGACGACGAAUGUUCCAAACAAAAGAUCGUCAUUAGAGACAUUAAGUGGCAAUCUUCAACGGUACGCAGAAUGAGAAAACGGAUGUAUAAUUAUGUAGAAUUUGCACCAAAUGAAGAAAAGGCACCUGUGAAUGCUCCUGCUUGGACAAAAACAGAAUACAACAGAUUGUUAAAGUCAUACAUUGGAAGAUAUAGUAAUGUUAACUACUCUCCAAUCCAUGAAGAUAUGAAUAAUGUUAAAGAGGAGAAUGAUAAUCAUAAUGGAAACUAUGCUGACAGUUUCAAGGAGAAUAAUGGGAAUAGAGAAAAAAGAAGUAGAAGUUUAAUAUUAACAGAAUAUAAUAGUGAUUAUGAGAAGGACGACGAUUAA